GCCCAUUCCCUAAUAAAAACUGCACAAAUAAGAUAUAAAAAAUAUAUUAAGAUAUAAAAAUAUCUAAAGUGUUAUAACGGUGUAAAAAUUUAAAGUUGAAAUAAAGUGCAAGAAUAAUUAAUCUUUAAAAAUAAAUUUAAAGUUGAAAAAUUAAAUCUGUACGUGUUGUAGUUUUAUUUAUGUUGUACUUUGGAGAAGUUUUGGUUUUAAAAUUAAAAGUCUAACCGUGCAAAAUAAGAAAGGAGUCAUACUGAUAGAGAGUGCCAGGGGAACAUUCGUUAAUCGAACCGACAUGGGACAGCUUAAAGCCGGGACUUGAUCAAUUAAGAGGGAGGGGUCUCACAAGCUAAAUAUACCCAAUCCAAGAUGUGUGAACCGUGUUGCAUACCAUGCGCAGAGCCCGUUGGGGGAUCUUCUUGUUGUCCGCCCCCUUGUAGCCCUUGUUGUCCACCAUGUUGUCCGCCGCCAUCUUGUUGCCCUGAUGUUCGCCGAUGUCGAAGUCGAGAGUUGCGAGCAUCAAUAUUAUAUACGCAAUGCUACUGCAUUAAACGAAAUGGAUUACAAGAUGAUUGUCCACGUAGCGAGUGCCAAGGGAAACCAUGUUGUCUUACAAUGCCUGAUCCGUCUUGCACUCCGGCUUGUUUUUCUAGACGAUUUACAAAUAUGACGAUGGGAGUGACCAAAAUCCGAACCGGUUCAGAAAACUGUGGUGGAAACGCUGAGGGUGGAUUCCGUGGUGAAAUUGGUGGCAGUGGUGCUGGCGGUGGUGGUUUUUGUGGUCCAAGUUGCCCACAAGAAUGUGACCCGAUCGUUUUGCCACCAGUGUGCUAUCCAUGUGGACCCUGUGGUGUGACGGGACCUAUUCCGUGUAUGCCCUGCCCACCUUGUGGGCCAUGCCCGCCCUGUGCGCCGUGUCCACCACCUUGUGGACCAUCACCUUAUGACCCAACUAGAGUUUGUGCUCCAUGCGGACCGCCUUGCCUUCCAUGCGGGCCUUGCAGUCCCUGUGGUCCUCCUUCUCCUUGCCUGCCAUAUGUAGUUUGCUCUUGAGCAUUUAGAUGGCGCUAUAGGAAUUAUCCGAUGUGGGGGAAAUCGAUACUAUGAUUGAUUGAUUGAU